CUGUUUUCCAGUCAGCGUUUUUUUUAUGUAAAGAGAAGAAAAACAAAAUGUUCGGAGCAAAAGUACGGCAUUUUGUGCGUAAGACGAAUCUCCAGGGCAACUGUAGCUGGUGCCGCUGGAGCAGUGGUAGCAAAGCACCAGAAGCAGCUGUUAAGCCUGAUAUCAAUGCAGCCAAGCGACAGCAACUCAUUAAUGAACUAGCAGAGCCCCUCGAGAGCAACAGCCGGCCGGCAAUCGAUCCCAAGGAGACGAGUGUAGUACUGUUUCCCGGCCAAGGCACACAGUAUGUGGGCAUGGCCAAGGAUUUACUGCGGUUUCCCGGCGCCCGUCGUAUCUUUGAACUGGCCAAUGACGUGCUCAAAUACGACCUGCUCAAGAUUUGUCUCGAGGGGCCACGUGAAAAACUGAAUCGCACCGAAUACGCACAGCUGGCUGUUAUGGUUUCUUCGCUAGCCGCUUUGGAGCAACUGCGCGAGGAACGGCCUAAAGCUAUAGAAAACUGUGUGGCAGCAGCGGGCUUCAGUCUGGGCGAGAUCACGGCCUUGGUCUAUGCGGGCGCACUGCCCUUCGACAAGGCACUACAGCUGGUACAGGUACGUGCCAAUGCAAUGCAGGCAGCAUGUGAUCAGGCGCCCGGUGCCAUGGCCAUGGCACUAUACGGCCCGGACACCAAUUUGGGCGAAGCGUGCGCCAAAGCGUUGCAAUGGUGUGUGGACAGCGGCGUGGAGUCGCCCUACUGUGGCAUUGCCAACUAUAUGUACCCACAUUGCAAGGUUGUAGCGGGCAACGUUGAAGCAUUGGAGUUCCUCGAAAAGCAUGCCAAAGCACUAAAGAUACGCCGGAUGAAACGUUUGGCAGUCAGUGGAGCCUUUCACACACCCCUCAUGGCAAGCGCAGUGGAGCCAUUUAGCAAGGCGCUGAAGGCGAUACGACUGCAGGAUCCCAUCAUACGCGUCUACUCCAAUGUGGAUGGCAAGCCAUACAAGCAUGUCUCUCACAUCCUACGCCAGCUGCCCAAACAGAUUGUCAAACCGGUCAAAUGGGAGCAGACACUACACGAGCUUUACGAGCGACGUCCAGGAGUUGACUUUCCGCGCACCUUUGAAUGUGGCCCGGGUAAAGGAUUGCUUCAGGUGCUGGAGAAGGUGAACGCCAAGGCUGCGCAGACAUCAUUCAAUGUCACCGCGUGAUUAAUACAUAAAGA